CGUGGACGGACGGGUGACUUUUCUUUGCCACGAACGCAGGACGAGCGUCAACAAGGAGGCCUACAGCGAUCCCUUAGUCGCAGCAUCACCCUUCUCAGCUUCGGAAAGCCUCGUCCAUAUCAGCUUAAACCAUGAGCAAGGGAGGCAAUAUCAAGGUGGUGGUCCGCUGCCGGCCGCUGAAUAGUCGUGAAAUCAGCAAAAAGGCGGAAUGCAUCAUCCACAUGGACGGCAAUAUGACGACCAUCACCAAACCCGAGGGGCCUGAAGGCGGCGGAAGCAUUACUAAGUCGUUCUCGUUCGAUCACUCAUAUUGGUCCUUCGACAAGAAGGAUCCCAACUAUGCAGGACAGGAGCGGUUGUACGAUGAUCUGGGCGUAGAACUUCUAAACCACUCGUUCAAUGGAUACAACACUUGCAUUGUGGCAUAUGGACAAACUGGAAGCGGCAAAUCGUAUUCAAUGAUGGGAUACGGCGAAGAUCGUGGCAUUAUACCCCUUUCCUGCUCAGAGCUUUUCCGGCGAAUAGAGGCUAAUAAGGAUCCCACGUUGAGCUAUAGAGUUGAGGUUUCAUAUAUGGAAAUCUAUUGCGAGCGGGUCCGAGAUCUGUUGAAUCCAAAGAACAAGGGCCAUCUCAAAGUGCGCGAACAUCCGUCCCUGGGGCCUUAUGUCGAAGACCUAUCAAAGCUCAUGGUCACGUCCUUUCAAGACAUUGAGAAUCUGAUGGAUGAAGGCAACAAGGCCCGAACGGUGGCGGCAACAAACAUGAACGAGACUUCAAGUAGAUCCCAUGCAGUCUUCACCGUCCUACUCACUCAGAAGCGAUACGAUGUCGAGACAAAGCUGGAGACAGAAAAAGUGUCAAGGAUUUGUUUGGUGGAUCUUGCAGGAAGUGAGCGAGCCAACUCUACAGGAGCAACGGGUGCACGACUGAAGGAAGGCGCCAACAUCAACAAAUCACUUACCACGCUAGGUAAGGUCAUUUCAGCCCUAGCAGAUGCAUCGAGUGUACCUGCGCCGAAGAAAGGAGCCAAGAAGACGCCUGAAGUAUUUGUACCAUACCGCGAUUCGGUCUUGACAUGGCUACUGAAGGAUUGCCUUGGAGGAAAUUCCAAAACGACCAUGAUUGCAGCACUAUCACCGGCAGAUGUCAAUUACGACGAGACGCUUAGUACUCUGCGAUAUGCAGACCAGGCCAAGAGAAUCAAGAAUAAGGCCAUCGUUAAUGAGGAUCCGAACGCCAAGCUUAUCCGCGAACUCAAGGAAGAACUCCAAGAGCUGCGGUCAAAAUUGGGUGUGAGCGAUCCCCUACAGACAGGUUCAAAUUUGGCUACCCCGAAUGCACUGGUGACAAUUGUGGAUUUGCAUGGCAAUUCUAGAACGCUCACGAGAGAGCAGCUACAAGAUGAGGUUCAGGCGUCGGAGAAGAUCAUGGCAGAACUGAACGAGACGUGGGAGGAGAAGCUGAGGAAGACGCAGGAAAUCCAGCAGGAACGCGAGCGGACGCUGGAGGAACUUGGCAUUUCGGUCGAAAAAGGGCACAUUGGUGUGCAUACUCCCAAAAAGAUGCCCCAUCUGGUGAACCUGAAUGAGGACCCUUUGAUGUCAGAAUGCUUGGUGUACCAGCUCAAGUCUGGCAAGACGCAUGUGGGAAAGCUGGGAUCAUCCACACCUGCUGAUAUCCGAUUAUCAGGUAGCAACAUUCUGGAUCAACACUGUUAUUUCGAGAACAACAACUCAGUCGUCACAAUAUACCCCGGCAGCUCAUCCAUGACGAUGGUGAACGGCCUACGGAUUAGUAAACCGAAGCGACUUCGCUCAGGGUUUCGAGUCAUCUUAGGCGAUUACCACGUCUUUCGUUUCAAUCACCCGGAAGAAGUUCGGAAAGAGAGGGAUCAGCAACAACAAAAUACUGCAGCGUCAAGCUCUGUCUCAUCGCCUGCUUCCAAGAUCCUACAGCCUGGUCAUUCGAACAGCAUGGAGGAUGAUCGGCCUGAGGAUCGCCCUGACUCCCCAAUCUCGUCGGCGUCGGUCAUAUCGGAGUUCGUCGACUGGAACUAUGCGCGAAAAGAAGCUGUUAUACAUGCACAUAUGCUGUCGGAAUCCAGUAUUCAUCAACUCAAGGAUCAGGACCUGGACGUUCUUUUCGACAAUAUUGCCAGGGUCAGAUACCAGCGAAAGGGUAUGCGGCCCGAGAGUCGUGGAGGAUCCUACUUUGAUGACGACACUGAAUCGAGAUCAUCAAGACUUUCGACAGUAGAGCGGUGGCAUGGUGAGCACGCAGUGCUCGAAGAGGAUGGACGAGAGAACCAGGUACCGCCAUUAGAAUCAUCUGCGUUGGCUUUGAAGGAGAAACUUCGGAUUGCAGAACAGGAGAUGCAGCAGAUGAAUCAACAGCGACUGGAAUACGAGGCUAAAAUCCAGAACCUGUCCGCAGUGGAGGCUAAGUCAGACGAAUUGUUGGCUGAAAAGACACUCAUGGAGGAACGGCUGCGACAGGCCAAAGAAGAUCUCAUGGCACAGCUAGAGGAGCAGCGGGAGCAAUUCGAGGAAAAAAUGAAGCGCAUGUCAUUACUUAGCAUGGCGAGUAGCAAUCUCGACGAGACGAAGCUCAAGGGGAAAUCUUUGCUACUAUAUACCGACCAUGAGCUGGAGCUGAUUCGCAAGACCAUAUCGCGUUGGAAGGAGUACAGAAAAAUCCAAAUGGCUGAAACCAUUCUCACGAACGCGGUCCUGGUCAAGGAAGCCAACAUCAUUAGCCGUGAACUUUCUAAGCAGGUCGUAUACCAGUUCACCAUACUCGAGGCAGGACCUUUUGGGAAUCCGGAAUCACACUGGGAAUCGAAUUCGGGACUUUCACAAUUCAACAGCGACGAAGAUACGUCCCUUCAGACAAUCAAGCGACCUUGCGUGGGUAUUAAAGUCAUCGAUAAUAAGCACAAUUCAAUCUAUACCUGGUCGCUUGAGAAGCUCAAAGCCCGUCUACAUCGAAUGCGGAACCUAUACAACUUCGUGGACCGACCUCAGUACCGAAAACAUUUCAACAUGGAGGAUCCUUUUUACGAAUCGCCAGCCCCCAGAUUCACGUUUAUUGGGAGUGCUUCGACAUCCUUGAUGUGUCUAGCCAAGCUGCAGUUCAAGCAAUCGGUCGUACCCAUCCUUUGCAGGAUGACCGGACGAAUACUGGGACGGGCCAGGAUAGGAAUCACGCCACUCAAUCACAAUCGCGCCAAGAGUCCGACCGCUAUAGAAGCCCCAGCUACCCCACCACCUAAUCAAACAGACGGACGCAGUCUACAUCACGAAGCGAAUGGAGACCAGGACCAGCUAGAGCAAGACCCAGCAGAAGCACCGGACCCAGUCAAAGUUGGCGACCAAGUCUUGUUUGAAAUCUCACUCAUCGAUAUUGAAGGGCUUUCUGAAAAGCAAUAUACCCAUGUCCAUGCUCAAUUCAGACUAUCUAACUUUUCAGGUGCAGGAAAAGACGCUUCUGGGUCAUCUCAGACUGCGAGCAUCCGCAACGAUAAACUGUUUGCAACCGAGACUGUGAGCGGUUUCGAUGACGGGCCCAUCUUUUUUGGAUUCUCGCAGACCCUAUCAAUGGUCGUCACUGAGUCCAUUUUGGACGUGCUGCUACACGAAUCGCUGCAUUUUGAAGUGUUUGGAGAAGCAACAACUACGGCACUCGCUAGAUGGGAAAAGUGGGACAUGGACCAGGAGGAGGCCCAACAAGGUCCAGCACCCAGCAAACCUCUGGCGACAAAUGGAAAUGGUUCGCAGCGUAGCGGAUGCAGAGCAACUGUACGAGGCGCUUCAGCCGCAUCUCUUACGGAGCGCCGCUCAGAGGAUGAGUUGAUGACGGAGGAACAGCAUGAUGUCCUCGCGCAUAUUCAAGUAUGCGAGCUGGCACCUACUGGCGAGUAUGUACCUGUACAAGUGGUGUCGAACUCGACGGUUGACACGGGGUCCUUCCAGCUUCGACAGGGACUGCAGCGACGUAUCGUUCUGAGAAUGUCGCAUACUUCUGGCCGUCAGUUUGUAUGGAGUGGCGUCUCUGGGAUUAAAAUAGGACGAGUUCGACUCCUCGAUAGUAAGGGCAGGAUCACAGACUCGCCACCCAGAGAAGACAUCUCGCUCAACAUCGUACCAGGACAGAAGGUGGAGUACCCCACCGACGGCACUAGCCUACUGGUCGCUCAAGCUUCGUGGGACAGCACACUGCAUGAGUCCCUGUUCUUGAACAGGGUGACGGCGUCGAAUACGCGAGUUUUGUUGACAUUAACCUGGUUUGUGGAGGCAGAGCGGUGUAUGGAUCCUUUGUGCUUCCAGAUGGAUAUUACGGCUCAGAUUCAAGACAGGGAGGCACGGGCCACAUCUCAUUCGCCUUACAGGCUUGUUCCCAUGUUCCUGCAACAAUCCAACACAAGAGUGCUUAAAAAAGCAAGCGGAUUGUUCUUACUGACGUUGCGGCCGAUUGUGGCCAAGAAGGCAUCUGAGCUUUGGCGGAUGAACACUGCCAGCAAGUAUGUGAGAGGAGAGGAGUUCUUGGCUGGAGUUUGGAGACCUCGAGGAGUCUCGCUCCUGAACGAGUUCAAAACCACAAGGGAGGCGAUCCAGAAGCGUGAGGAGGUUGAGAGGACGAGACAUUGGCUACAGCUGUUGAAGGGGACUACGCAAUCACGGCCGAUAUCAAAGGAUGGAGACGAGUCAUCAAAACUCGGCACGGAAGCAGGCAGUAACCAGGGGGCGGUUGAUCAUGAGCAUAAGCUACUGCGGCGCAUCCUUGACCUGUGGCUCUCCAAAUCCAUCUCGCUGGAAGAGGUGGUGCUCAGUCAGGAUCCUCCAUCGCUCGACAUGGAUAACCCAGAAGUGCUCAAACAACCUCGUCCUUCCCCUCAGCUGCAGUCUGAAGUGAAGAUGGUGACCAAGAGUGACAAUGUCUCGAAGAAAGGAUAUCUUUUCUACCCCGAAAAUCGCGACGAGACGUGGGUCAAGUGCUGGUUCGUGAUCCGUCGCCCUUACAUGUACAUCUACACCAAUUCGACAGAGACGGACGAACUCGGAGUCGUUAAUUUGACCCAUGUUCGAGUUGACUACCAGAAGGACCUCGAAAACAUGCUCAAGCGGCAAUAUGUCUUUGCAAUAUACACAUCAAGUAACGCGUAUCUUAUGCAAGCACCCAACCGCGACGAGAUGUGCUCGUGGCUGAACCAUCUGGACCAGUUCUUUGACCUCUCCCAGAUUUCUUACGUAAAAUGAAACAUAGAAACAUCCACUACCCAGUCCUCGCUUCUUGGUUAGAAGCAACUUUGAAGUAAUUUGCCAAUAUCAUCCCUCCUUCCCCGCCAUA